GCAAAAUGUCCAGCAAGUCUUUGAUCGUCUGAAAGCAGCUCAGGACUCUUGUACCGCCUCAUCUGUACCCAACUCAUCUCACAUACGAUCUUCACGCGCGACUUCUCGUGGUGAGCCUUUGAAUGCUUCUGCUAGGUCGCAUUCUACUAGCAGAGUGCCUGACAUGGACGAUAUUCACAGUGGCACCAGCAGCAGUAGCAGCGGCGACCAAACCGAGCUCAGACGGCGUCGUCCACCGUGCAACUCGCCCGAUUCCUUGACUCGGCGAACCAGGCGAAGCGUUCAUUAUUCAUCUCCGGUAGUCACCUCUCACGCGCAAUCCUCUACAUUCUUCCCUUCGUCAACAUGUUCUGAUUGUCCCGCACUUAGUCCCGCCUCCUGGGCUCCCGCACUGCUCUCUGAACUCAAGCGACUUAUCUCGAACCCCCGUAGUCUCUUCUUCCGAAAUCCGAUAGAUUUGUCCACCUAUCCGGAUUACCCCUGCAUUGUUAGCUCCCCAAUGGACUUAUCCACCAUCACAAGACACUUGAAUACUGUUUUAUCCAGUGCCCACCAAUGUAGAUCUCUCCGAUCAAUGCCCAAAACUCACUAUCGCUGCGCACAUGAUUGCCUCCGCGAUCUGAACUUGAUCGUCACCAACUCCAAAAAAUAUAAUACAGAUCCGAACACUGCGGUUUAUGAAGAUACAGUAUGGCUUGAAAGUUGGAUCACUGAAACAUUUGUCCCCUUCAUUUCGAACACUUUAUCGACAACUCACUCUCCCUCACCGGGGCCAAAUCAUUCCGAAAGCAGGUCAGUGCGCUCAGCUCGUAGGAUGACCCAUCGCACUCCUAUGCGUCAAUCUAACUUGGCCUGUCGUCGACUCGCUUUGAGAAAGGCUCGUUCUCGUUGUAUUCGGCAAAGAUUGUCUGGAUUGAAGGCUGCUACAUCGAUCGCCCCUGAAUCCACAGUGGCCGCUACUAGACAUGUUAGGAUACCGGAGCCUCCGCCUUCAUUUCCUCGGACGUCCAGAGGUCGCAUUGUGCGACCUCCCAAACGCGAUGAACACAUUGUCAUCUUUUCGGACACUGACGUAUCUGACUCAGAUGAGCAUUCACGAAUCGCAAAGGUCACACGGCGCACCACAACAGCUCAAACCGUUACAACUAGAUCGGCCUGCUUUGUUUAUGAAUCUUUAGUUGGCUCCAGCAACUUGGGCUCACGUCGGAGCAAGCGCAGGCGACGAGUGCUCUGAGUAUUUGUCACGUAACCACCUGGAUCGGCCGCGCUCCUUUUUUCUGACCCAGCUCACCUUCCCUUAAUGUAAAGACGCACUUUUAGACUUUGCAAUUUACAAGGUGUUCUGCUUUUGGAACUGGCGUAACGCAUUGGCUAUCCCCAUGUCUUUGUUUUCGUUUUCUUUUUCUACCACAAAUGUAGCAAUUUUUGCAUUCCUUGUAUGUACAGCAAGCAAUCCUCUUCUCAAUGCGUCAUCAUUAUUCACAUAAUAUAUUGACCUAGGUUUGCCUUUUUUGUCACCCAAUAUACUCGGUCAUUAUUUGGUGGUUUUAGGCUGUUUUACCAUCCGC